UUUUUAGAAGAUUCAAACGAAAGUAAAGGAAAUAAAGAAGUUAACAAAGAAAAAGAUACUCCCCCUCCUCCACCCAUUAAUUUUAAAAUUAAAAAUACACAAACAAAGGACGAAGAAAAUAAUAAUAAUAUUCUCCAACAAUCAGCAGAAAAGCGCAGAUGUCAAUCCUUCAAGGAACAAAAAGAGGAGGAGAAAAGCGGUGAUGAACCAACAAAAAGACGCGAUUCACUUUGGAUGUCAAUGGGCAUUCAUCGAACAGAAGAAGCUCGUCAAUCUAUUCGAAAACGAAGACUCUCUCGCAAUCGGGAAUCUCUUGAAAUUGGAGGAAAUACAAACACUAAUAAUAUGAUCACAAAUCCACAAUCUACAGCAUUGACUGUAGAUGAAAUGGCAAAUUUGGCUCCAGGAACUCGAAUAAUGUUCCUUUUGGGUGAACAAAGUGAGGCCCCUGCCGUUUUUACUGAAAUGGGUGAACUUUGGCGUAGUGGGGAUGUUGAAGAAUGGAGAGAAACAGCUAGAUGGGUUAAAUUUGAGGAAGAUGUUGAAGAAGGGGGCAAUAGAUGGUCAAAGCCGCAUGUUGCUACAUUGUCUUUACAUGCUCUAUUUCAAUUACGUUCAUGUUUACUUCAUGGAAUUAUACUAAUUGAUUCAGAAGCAGAAUCAAUGCCGGAAUUAAUUGAACAUAUUUUGGACGAAUUUGUAGCCAAAAACGAUUUACAAGAAAGUGAAAAAAUGGCGGUGCGUUAUGUUCUUUCUCGACGGCAUACUCAUCAAUACGAGCAGGCUCGUCAUUCUGGUGGGAGUUCAAAUGGUGCAUCGAGUAGCCAAGGAAGUUUUUUAAAUGCCGUUCGCUCCAUUUCGGAUAUUGGACGUUCAUUUUCUCAUGGCAAAAAUCUCCAUCAAAAAGGUCAAGAAGAGAAUUUACAAGGUGGUGGAGACAGCACAACACAAAGCCCCGUUAAUAAAAAGCCGCAAUUUGGUCCUCAACUUGACCUUCCUAAAGUUGGGUCUCUCCCAAAAGACAUACAAAAAGAAGGCUCUCAAAAUAGUGAAUUCUUUGGUCGAAAUACACAUUUUAUGAAAAAACUUCCCCCUGGAGUUGAAGCUUCGAAUGUUUUGGUUGGAGAGGUUGAAUUCCUCAGUCAUCACAUAACAGCAUUUGUUCGACUUAAAAAAGCACAAUUACUUGGUGAUCUAACAGAGGUGCCUGUACCCACCCGUUUUCUCUUCCUCCUCCUCGGCCCGUCAGGCCAUGCUGCCCAAUUUAAGGAAAUUGGUCGAGCAAUUGCUACUUUAAUGAGUGACGAGAUAUUCCAUGAAGUUGCCUACAAGGCAAAACAACGUUCGGAUUUGCUAGAUGGUGUUGAUGAAUUCUUAGAUGCGGUAACUGUUUUACCGCCCGGCGAAUGGGAUCCGAGCAUUCGAAUUGAGCCCCCUAGUACAAUCCCUAAUCAACAAAGCCGUAUUCAGCAAAAGCCCUCAGCUAUAAGUGACAAAUUUGCCUGUAAUAAAUUAUCAGGAGCUAGUACUGGUGAUCCCACAAUUGGAUUACCUGGAGGGAGUAAUGGAAAGGAUUUGGGUGGCAUUGGAGGUUCUAAACUUGCUUUAGCCAACGGGAAAAAAACUAGUUUGGAAGAAGAGGAGGGUCACGGUCAAGAUCCUGGUUUACGCAGAACUGGGAAAUUGUUUGGGGGUUUAAUGUUGGACAUUCGUCGGAAAGCCCCGCAUUAUUUAUCCGAUUUUACUGAUGCAUUAAACCUUCAAUGUAUAGCAACUACUUGUUUUAUGUAUUUUGCACUGUUGGCCCCAAUUGUAACUUUUGGUGGUCUUUUAGAAGAAGCUACUCAUCAAAGAAUGGCAGCAAUGGAGAAUUUAGCUAGCGGUGCAAUCUGUGGCAUCAUAUAUCACUUGUUCAGUGGCCAGCCUCUAACUAUAAUUGGCUCUACCGGCCCUGUACUUGUUUUUGAAACAAUUGCCUUUGAUAUUUGCAAUUCUCUUUCAAUUGACUACCUCUCAUUUCGAUUUUGGAUUCAUGUAUGGACUGCUUUAAUUAUUUUUAUAAUGGUUGCAACAGAUGCAUCUUCUUUAGUAUCAUAUAUUACUCGUUUUACUGAAGAGUCUUUUGCAAUGCUUAUAGCAGUCAUUUUUAUUUAUGAAGCUUGUAUGAAACUUUUUAUGAUUAAAGACCAAUUGGAUGUUAUUAGUUAUAUACCUCCAAACGAGCCUAUACCUGUUGGAGAAGAAUGUCAUUGUAUUUCGACCGGUGCUCCUUUCGCCAAAGUUCAGGCUAUAGCUGCUAAACGUCACUUUACUUUAUUACCGACUAAUAACAGUUCGGGGCAAAUGGAGAUUGACUAUUCGCUUAUUCCAUUGGGUAAAUGUAAACAAUUGUUGGGACAAUUAGAAGGAAGUACUUGCUAUAUUUUACAUGACAAGUUGCUUAUGAGCAUUGUUCUUAUGAUUGGGACCUUUUUUAUGGCUAUAACUCUAAAAAGAAUGAGAAACAGUCGUUAUUUCCCUACAAAAGUUCGUCAAAUUCUUUGUGACUUUGCAGUAAUGAUUGCAAUUAUUUGUAUGACAUUACUUGAUAUUUUUGUUGGAAUUAAUACACCAAAAUUGAAUGUGCCAUCGACUUUUAGACCAACUUGGUCAGGCCGUGGGUGGUUUGUCCCUCCUUUUGGCUCUAAUCCUUUUUGGACAAUACCUUUUGCUAUUUUCCCUGCAUUGUUGGCCUGUGUUUUAAUUUUUAUGGAUCAACAAAUAACUACUGUUAUUGUUAAUCGAAGAGAAAAUAAAUUGAAAAAAGGUUGUGGCUAUCAUCUUGAUUUGCUUGUUCUUUCAAUUCUUAUUAUAAUUGUUGGUGCUUUGGGGUUGCCAAUCUAUGUAGCUGCUACUGUUCUCUCAAUGAACCAUGUCAACUCAUUACGUGUUGAAAGUGAAAGUAGGGCACCUGGGGAAGUUGCACAAUUUAUUGGUUGUAGAGAACAACGUUUAACUGGCAUUUGCACUUUCUUACUUAUCGGUCUCUCCGUCACAAUGACAAAGUUACUCAGUCACAUCCCAAUGCCUGUACUCUAUGGAGUUUUUCUUUAUAUGGGUAUUUCUGCAUUGGGUGGCAUUCAAUUAUUUGAUCGUUUCUUAUUAAUGUUGAUGCCAAUGAAAUACCAACCGGACACAAUCUACAUACGUCAUGUUCCCAUCCAUGUCAUUCACAAAUUUACAUUAUUCCAAAUAGCCUGUCUGGCAUGUUUAUGGCUUGUUAAGUCGAUUAAAGCAACUUCUAUGACAUUUCCUAUUAUGGCAUAUGGUUUUAUUUUAUUUUGCCAAGUGGUCUUGGUUGUAAUGGUAGCUGUUCGAAAAUUAAUGGAGCGUUGUUUUUCUGAGAAAGAUUUGAAGUAUUUGGACGAUAAAAUGCCAGAAUUUCAUUUGCGCCGAACUGAGGAUAAACAAAAACGUGAAUCACACGGAGGGCAGACAAUUGACAUUGAUUUGGAUGAGAAUCAAGGAACGAUUAGAGCAGUGAAGACUGAGGCUCAUUUACACAUACCUAUGACAUCUGGAAAUGUCAUCAAAAUCCCUUUGGCGGCAAUCCAAGAACCAACACCUCCUUCCCACAAUAUUAACAUCAGCGAAGCUGUCUGUCAAACAGGAAUGUGGCGUUCUAUUGCUAGCGAAUCAAAAUCAUCCUUGCAAAAAAUUGGAAAGGAUGGAGAAGUGAAGGAUUCAAAGUCGCCGAAUCCAAAGAGAGAACAGAGCUCUUCUGAUCAAAUUACUAAAUCUCCCUCUCCAAUGACUGCAACUGUCCAUUGUGAACGAAAGGAAACAGGCUCACCUCGGCUUGCAACGCCUGAGGAAGAUGAUGAUCAGGCAAUUACAAUCACUGUUGGUAAUGCUGCAGUGAAUGCAUCAAACAGUGAGCAGCAACCUCUACUCCAACAACGUGCCGGGAAGGGAAAAGACAAACAGCAACAUUUAAUGGGAUCUCCUGUUUAAAAUUAGCAUUUUCUAAAUAUUUUAAUUUCUUUCUUCCUCAUUUCCCUUUUCUUUCAAUUAUUCUCAUUUUUAACAAGCAAUAUUAAAAAUUCUGAAAUUUAUUGACAAAUUAUGUAUGUAUUUUUGAAGUUUAAUUGAAAAUACAAAUCAGAAUUUAAUUCUAUAAUGUAUUUUUCAGAGUUUUUGUUUUUUCCGGAUAUGUUAUAUUCUUUUUAAUUUCAGAAAAUAUUUUUUAUUUUUUUAAUUUCGAUUUCAAUACUAAAAUAUUAUUUUCUGGAAUUUCCUCUAAUUCCUCCUUUAAUUAAAUUUUAUUUUUGUAUUUUUUGGAUAUUUUUCUUUUUAAAUUUAAUUUUGCAUUUUCACUCC